AUGCGUUUCUUCCUCGUCCCCAUCUCGACCAAACGAGCCUUCAUAUACUGUCGUCCACCCAAAACCAUAAAGACCGGAUACGUUGACCGUGUAACGAACAAAGCUGCCGAGAUAUGGGCUGGCUGGGAAAAGGCAGAGAAAGGAUGGAAGAAACAACUCGUCGGCUAUGGACAUGUCAUUUUGCAGAGAAUCCCAUACGAGGAAUGGGGACUGAAAAGCAUUCCUCCGCUCAGUCAAAGUCUUCAGAUUCAAGAAGCACAACAAAAACAGAAGAUCGACGUGAUGUUUCCCAAAAAUGCAAUUAAAAGUGAAGACGUGUUUGGUAUCUUGAGGAAAUUGGGCACAGAACGGCAGGAAUUACAUCGGAGGAGGAUGUGGUGGUGUAUAGGAAUUGCGCCUUUGACUGCGCCUAUUGCAAUUAUUCCAGUAGUACCUAAUAUUCCUUUCUUCUAUCUUGCAUAUCGUGCCUGGUCGCAUUGGCGAGCUUGGAGUGGUUCAAAACACCUUAUACACCUACUCGAUCUCAACUUGAUUAGCCCGCAUGCAUUUCCCGAAUUGGAGAGCUUCUAUGCAACCCGAUUACUGAAAAACGGUGUCCCAGGACACCAGACGAAAAGCAAUAUGGUGACUAAAGAUACCAAUAAACUAACUGAAAAGGAAACAGCGGCCCCUAAGGAUGAGGCAGCCGCCGAGGAACGAUUACUCUUAGAGAUGAAAGACGGCGAAGAACUCGGCAAGAUUCUGGAAACCCCAGCGAUAGCCAUUGAAGUGGAGCGUGCCGUUCUGCAGGUUGGACAGAAAUUGAAACUCAACGAAGAAAAACGACAAGAAAAGAAUGCCCAAUAG